CUGACAGGGCCGAACAAUAAGAACAAGUCAGAGUUUGGGGUGUGCUUCAAACACACUAUGGAAACCAUUGGCGAGAUCAUCCCGUUCGCUAAGGAGAUGCUGAACCAGAGGCCCAGCCGGGGCAUGCUGAAGGUCUACAUGCUCGGCUCCACUAUGGUGAUGCUCGGGGUCGUUGGCGGACUGAUGGAAACUGUUUUCCUGCCAUUUGUGAAGCAUGAGACUGUUGAGGACGCACCAGAAGAGCUGAUCGGGGAGAAGAACAAGAAGGAGAAGAAGCAAGUGUUGAAGUCACACACUACAUUGGUUUGCCCUGAAGUUGAAGGCGCUGCGGAGUUAAUGAUCGAGGUCAAGGCGAAACAUCUGGUGAUAGCUCGGCAGAGAAGCUCCAACCGCUUGCAUGCGUCCUAAAGAAACCCUCCUGGUGUGAAUGGACACGACACUUGCAAUGUUGAUGGUAAUGGUGGUCAAUUAAAUCACCACAUUGAACUGGUCACUUUGUACUCCUUUCUUUUAUUUCAGAUUUGGUUAAACGUGAGAAGAACUUCAAAAUGAGUAGAUAUAAUGAAAACUGCAGGGUACAGUAACGUGUGGCUGCUGGGCAGCAGAUACUUGUGGAUGUGACUUCAUGAAUGUGUCGGGAAGAAAAUGGAAUGUGUGUGAAUAAAUUCA